GUUAUAUAAAAAAAGAAACACUAACCCGGGGCAGAGUUAAACGUCUCUUCACCGGAAAUCUCCGAAGUAAUACAAUAAGUUGUUUGCGUUGGAAAUCGUUUUCUUUCGUGUGUCCAACAUCCAGGAUUGGGUAACUGAAUUAAAUGUAAACAAGUAAUUAAAAUAUAAAUCUAGUUUGCAGUCAAUAACAAAAACAUUUAUUAUCUCAUCUCACGUGAUUAUUUACGUCUGUAGCUACCGGGCUUAAAAAAAUUGCGGAAUAAUUGUUAGUGAAAGUAAUUUGCAAUGUUUUUGAGACAAUUUAUUUAUCUUAAUUUUGUAGCAAGCAUAUUUCUUUAUGUUAAUGGAGACACUACCUCAAACGAAAAGAAAGAUGGGGAAUGCAUUUUGCCACAGUACCCAGCACACGGUCGAUGGGUUAUGCGAGGAGGUGCCAAAGCUGAAGCAGGAACAAGAGUGAAUGUCAGCACCAUAUUAACUUUUGAAUGCGAUUUAGAAUACAAACUAUCUAGGAAAAUCAGCUUAAUUGUUUGUCUUGACGGCGGAUGGUCUACCACCCCACCAACUUGUUUAAAACUUUGUCCGAGUUUCUACACCUCUGAAACAACCAUAGUGAAGUGUUUUGAUGAGUAUUUGGCCGAAAUACGCUGCGAAUCGGCUACAGAUGGUUCCAGCGCCACCUUCAAAUGUGCUAAUUACUACGAACCGAUCGAAAGAACGGCAGCCAACAGAUAUUGCUGGGAAGGUUCUUGGAACUUGCCACCUCCACAUUGUGUUCCAAUAUGUGGAGUAAAACAUGUCUCUGCCGAGCCUCUGAUCCUUAAUGGAGUCAACUCAGAUAGAGGCAAUUACCCUUGGGUGACUGCCAUUUACAGAAAAAUUUCUGGAAGUUUUCAGAACGUCUGUGCAGGUUCCAUGUUAACCCAAAGAGUUAUUAUUACAGCUGCUGAAUGCGUAUCCAAUGAAAAUGGCGAAGUAUUACCCUCAGAAGAAUUCAAAAUUGCAGUGGGAAAGUAUUACAAUGAUUAUAAUGAUCCAAAAGAUACACAAGCCCAAUUCUCAGACAUAACAAAAAUUUUAGUACAUCCAAAAUACAGAGGAAUAUCACAGAAUUUCGCAUCAGAUAUAGCGCUUUUAAUAACAAAAGAUAAGUUAUUAUUUUCCAAGGUUGUACAACCUGUAUGCUACCAAAAUGUACCUAAUAUUCAUCUAGAUAAUGGAAUGCAAGGAGUGGUAACUGGUUGGGGCUACACGGACCCAUUGAGAUUUCCUUCAAACGAGCUUAAAGAAAUCCCAAUACUAUUUAAAAAUGAUGCUACAUGCCUUGCUGAAUGGACAGAUUUAUACUCUACCUAUGACAAAAUGUGUGCCGUACAUUACAAUAAAAGCAUAGGCAUAGGAGGCAUUGGUGGGGGCUUGGUGUUCCCAAAUCAUGGGAAAUAUUAUAUUCACGGCAUAGUCGCAGCCGGCGUCGCUGAAAAAAACGGCACAGGCGGCUGUAAUGUCGUAUUUGGUUCGCUGUAUACGAAAAUUUCUGCGCACUACGAUUGGUUGGAACGAGUCGUGGCUAAAUAUAAAUAAACUUAAUUGUACGCCUGACAUGGAAUAAAAUAUUGUUCUACGUUUUAA